AUGCAGACUGCUUUUACAAAUGUUUGUGAAAGACUGUGCAAUAAAUCCAUCCGUGAAAUUUCCUUGCUACUAAAGUUUCCAUGGUCAACUGUUAGUGGUAUUAUAACAAAGUGGAAUCGACUGGGAACAGCAACUCAGCCACGAAGUGGUAGGCCACGUAAAAUAACAGAUCACGGUCAGCGCAUGCCGAAGCGCACAGUGCGCAGAAGUCACCAACUGUCUGCAAAGUCAAUAGCUAAAGACCUUCAAACUUGGUGUGGCCUUCAGAUUAGCACACAACAGUGCAUACAGAGCUUCAUGGAAUUGGUUUCCAAGGCCGAGUAGCUGCAUCCAAGCCUUACAUCACCAAGUGCAAUGCAAAGUGUCGGAUGCAGUGGUGUAAAGAACACCGCCACUGGACUCUAG